AUGCCUCUCCACCAGUUCGACUACCUCUUCGCCAUCGGCACCAUCUUCGCCGGGCUUGAUGCCUGGAACAUUGGUGCCAACGAUGUCGCCAACUCCUGGGCGACUUCGGUCGCGUCCCAGUCGGUCACCUACCUCCAGGCCAUGAUUCUCGGAUCCAUUAUGGAGUUUGCCGGGUGCGUUGGCGUUGGCGCGCGUGUCGCCGAUACGAUCCGCACCAAGGUCGUCGACACUUCCCUCUACAAGGACGACCCGGCUAUGCUGAUGCUCGGCAUGGUUUGCGCCGUCACUGCCUCGUCUAUCUACCUCACUUUCGCUACGAAAAUCGGCAUGCCGGUCUCCACUACGCACUCAAUUCUCGGCGGUGUUAUCGGCAUGGGCGUUGCUUCCGUUGGUGCCAAUGGUGUACAGUGGGUUGGCUCCGGCAGUGGCACCGGUGCCAUCAACUCCGGCGUCGUCCAGGUCUUCCUCGCUUGGAUUAUCGCUCCCGUCCUGGCCGGCUGCUUCGCUUCGAUCAUCUUCCUCGUCACAAAAUUCGGCAUCCUCAAGCGCGCCAACUCAGCACUCUGGGCGCUGCGCACUCUCCCCAUCUACUUCGGCGUUGCCGCCAUGCUGCUCACCAUGUUGCUCUUGUGGAAAGGCGGCAGCUACGAGAUCAAGCUCACCGAUUCCGAGGUCGCCGGCACCAUUGUCGGCGUUGGUGCUGCCUUCGGCGUGUUCAUUGCCCUCACUCUCGGCGUCUUCUUGUACCGCCUCAUUUAUCUCGAGGACUGGCAGCUCCGUUGGUACCACGUUUUCCUCGGCCCUGUCCUCCUUUUCCGCGGCCCGGUGCCGCCGCCGCCCGAGGGCAAGGCCCUUGUCUUGAAGGAUUUCUACGCCGGCAAAGCGACCAAGGAGAGUCUCGAGGCUCGCAAGGCCGCCGAGCGCAACGAUGUUGAGCUCGUGGGUGCCAAGCCCAACGAGAAGGGCGAGGGCUCCGACGCUGGCUCGGCUGAGCCCACAACCCAAAGCCCCCUGGCCAAUGUUACCGCGCCUCCUCACAAGAGCCUUGUUGGUCCCAAGCCCGAGGGCAAGUGGUACGAGGGUGCUGUGCUCUUCUGGUAUGUCAAGUGGGCGUUGCUGCGUGGUGUCGACAAAGAAGUGGUCAAUGCCAAGAGCACCCACAGCAAGCUGGCCGCCAACAUCGAUGAGGUGCACGCCUACGCCGAUCAUUUCGACAACCGGACUGAGUACGUCUACACCUUCCUACAGGUCAUGACCGCCUGCACCGCCUCCUUUACGCACGGCGCCAACGACAUUGCCAACGCUGUCGGCCCUUACGCCACCGUCUUCGAAGUCUGGAACGACGGCGCGCUUCCCCCGAAGGGCAAGUCUGACGUGCCCGUCUGGAUUCUCUGCUUUGGCGGCGCCAUGCUCGUUAUUGGUGUCUGGACCUACGGCUACAACAUUAUGCGCAACUUGGGCAAUCGUCUUACUCUGCAGUCGCCUUCGCGUGGUUUCUCCAUGGAGCUGGGCUCUGCCGUCGCCAUUAUCAUGGCUACCCGCUUGAAGCUCCCUGUCUCCACCACCCAAUGCAUCACCGGCGCCACCGUCGGCGUCGGUCUCUGCUCGGGCACCUGGCGCACCGUCAACUGGCGCAUGGUUAUCUGGAUCUACCUCGGCUGGAUCAUUACCCUGCCCGUCACCGGCAUCAUCUCAGGCUGCCUGAUGGGCAUCAUCAUCAACGCUCCUCGCUGGGGCUACUCUGGUUAA